AUGGGGCUGCCCGACCGCGACCGCGACCACGACCGCGACCGCGACCGCGACCGCCGCCGGGAGCCCGAGGGCAAGGCGCCCUUCGACCUUGGCCCGUCGCUGGAGGACAGCGAUCUGCACAGCAGCGCGCAGAGCGGGGGCGGACAGCCCCCGCCCUCGGCGCCGCCCCCGGCCGACUGGACCGGGCAGCCCGGCUACACGGCGCACCCCAGGCUGGGGUUGGCGGACUCCUCCGGGUAUUACGACGCGCCGCCCAGCGAACACGGUCGUGGCCCGUCUGAUGGCUACGACCACGAGCGCGGGCGAAGCCACUCCCGCGGGGGCCGCGGGCGCGACCACAGACGCCAUUCCCGCAGCGGCCGGGGGCGCGACCGAAGGAGCCACUCAGGGGGAGGCCGGCGCGACGGCCGCGAUCGGCGUGACGACCGCGGCAGGGACGAACGUGACCGCCGGGACGACCGCCGGGACGACCGCCGGGACGACCGCCGUGACGACCGCCGGGACGACCGCAGGGACGACCGCCGGGACGACCGCCGGGACGACUGCGGCAGAGACGACCGUGACCGCCGGGACCAACGCGACGACCGCGCCCGCGGUGGAGACCGCGACCACGGGCGCGACGACCGCGGCCGGGACGACCGCGGGCGCGACGAUCGUGGGCGGAGGGACUCCGACCGCAGGAGGCGCGAUCCGCAGAUCUUCGGCGAGCAUGUCCACCUGAAGCACAAGAUAAACCGCGGGCGCGCCGCUCCAGGGUGCAACAUCUACGUGUACAGGAUGCCCCUGGACUGGGACGAGCUAGAGUUCGCGAGGCACUUCGACCACUACGGGGACCUCAUCUCAUGCAGUAUCGUCAGGGACAGGGACUCUGGCGAGUCGCGUGGGUUCGGCUUCAUCGGCUAUUCCGACAAGGAGGCGGUCAGGAAGGCGAUCCUGGGCAUGGACGGGCUGCCGGUGGGGCCAGCGCUGGAGCUGCCAGGAAAGUUCCUGUCUGUGAGCCCGAAGAGGGGAGAGGAGCACCUGCUCAUCCCGUUCCCGGAUUGCUACCCUCCCGCCGGUGUGUACGGUACGGAGCCCCCGAACACGCGGGCGCCGCCGGGGGCCAACCUCUACAUCUACAACAUCCCAACGGAGUGGAGGGACAUCGACCUGUACAGGCAUUUCAUCCACUACGGGCAGCUCACGAGCGUCAAGGUGAUGAUGAAGGACGAGAACAAGGAGAGUCGCGGCUUCGGCUUUGUCGGCUACGUCAACCCGAUCUCCGCGCAGCGAGCGAUGGCCGGUAUGACCGGUUUCUGCCUCAACGUGGACGGAACGGGAAAGCGGCUCCAAGUGACAUCCAAGAGGGGCGAAGAGACGGCUGCGCGGAAGUGCAAGCAGGAGAUUGCAUUCAAGGACCCAGCGCACCCAGACUACCAGAAGGAGCCGCCCGAGGAGAUAGAGGCCGGAGCAGCUAUGGCAGAGAGUUUGGGAGUCAAGGCGCACUGA